UGAACGAAUCUGCAAAAAUAAAAGCCCCUCCCGCCACGCUCGCCAUUUCGGAUGCGGAUCUGCGCCCUUCGGCAGCGCAGAGGCAAAGAAAGAAAGAAAAGCUGCCCCCCCCUCACCCUGUUUGCUACUUUUAAAAUAGCACGUUUCCGUUUUUAUUUUCAUAUUGGGGUUGAAAAUUAAAUAACUACAAGAAAGGAUCCAGUUGCAGAAUGGCCGCCCUGUCCGUCUCUUGCAGCGAAGUGUCAAACCCCGGAAAAGCCCUCUGGCCCUCUUGCCAGGAUGCUGCCCCCUGCCACGCUGCCAGCUGCUGCGCUGAUCCUGUGUGAUAUCGCCCUGCUCUCCUUGCUCGACUUGAAGCGCUCCGCCUUGUCCCCCCUGGGGGUCCCUGCGGCUUGGCUGGAGGGGGCUCUGCGCCUGCUGGUUCUCUGGGGGGCCCGCCGGCUCCUCUCCCUGGCUUGGCCCUCCCAGGUCCCCCUCGUAGCCCUGGCGACUGUGAGCUUGCUGCCCCCCACCUAUCUCGCCAUGGGGCACUGGUUCGGAGACCCUCCCCUCCUGCUCUCGUCGGCCCCUUGGCCCUGGCUUCUGCUGGGCUAUGGGGCGGCGGGCCUGGCCUACCUCAUCUGGGGGGUCCUGGGGCAGAGGGAGGAGGGGGCCAAAGGAGGAGAAGACAAGGCCACCCUCUGGAAAUUGGUGAAGCUCUUUCGCCCGGAUGCACCCUACCUCGCUGGGGCCUUUUUCUUCCUCACCACGGCUGUGAUUGGUGAAACGUUCAUCCCUUAUUACACGGGACGCCUGAUCGACAUCUUGGGCAGCAAAUACAACUCGGAGGCCUUUGCUGCCGCCAUCUUCCUCAUGUGUCUGGUGUCACUGGGAAGCUCUCUGUCUGCCGGCACCCGCGGAGGCCUCUUCACUUUUUCCAUCUCCCGGAUGGUCAUCCGGAUCCGCGCCAUGCUCUUCUCUUCCCUCGUGCGGCAGGAUCUGGCCUUUUUCCAGGAGGUGAAACCAGGGGAACUGACCUCCCGCCUCUCCCGAGACACCACCAUGAUGAGCCGUUGGGUGCCGCUCAACGCCAACGUCUUCCUGCGCAGCCUGAUCAAGGUUGCCGGGCUGUACGCAUUCAUGAUUGGCCUGUCGUGGCACCUGACACUGCUGACACUCAUCGAGGUGCCGGUCAUGCUGGCUGCCGAAAAGGUCUACGAUUCCCGUCGACAGGCUCUGCUGAAGGCAAUCCAGGACUCCAUUGCUCACUCCGGGGAGGUGGUGCGUGAAAUUGUCUCAUCCAUUGAGACGGUGCGCAGUUUUGCCACUGAGGAGGAGGAGUCUCGGCGCUACGAUGAGGCCUUGGAUGAGACCCACCGGCUCAAGGACCAGAGAGAUCUGGAGAGGGCCGUCUACUUGCUCAUCCGACGGCUGCUUCAUUUGGGCCUGAAGCUGAUCAUGCUUCACUGUGGGUACCAGCAGAUCCGCGCCGGCCUCAUGACCCAAGGGAACUUGUUUUCCUUCAUCCUCUACCAGAUGGACGUCGGGGUGUAUGUGCAGACCCUGAUGUACAUGUAUGGAGAUGCGCUCAGCAACGUGGGGGCUGCAGAAAAGGUGUUUGAGUAUCUUCGUCGGGAGCCAUCGGUUCGCACAGAGGGGACGCUGGCUCCGGAUUCCCUCCAAGGACAUGUCUCCUUCAGAAACGUUUCCUUCUCCUAUCCUUCCCGCCCUGAUAUUCAGGUCUUAAAGAACGUCUCCUUUGAGCUCCGCCCAGGGGAGGUGACGGCGCUGGUGGGCCUGAACGGCAGUGGGAAAAGCACCUGCGUGGUCCUCCUGGAGCGCUUCUACGAGCCCCAGUCCGGGGAGAUCCUGCUGGAUGGGGUCCCGAUCCGGGAGUACGAGCACAAGUACCUCCACAGAAAGGUGGCGCUAGUGGGUCAGCAGCCCGUCCUCUUCUCUGGGUCCAUUUGGGACAACAUCACCUACGGGGUGCAGGAUUGCAGCAAGGAGGAAGUGAUUGCUGUGGCAAGAGACGCCAACGCCUUCGCGUUCAUCAAGGAGCUGGAAGGAGGGUUUGCCACAAAUGUUGGGGAGAAGGGAGGCCAGCUCUCCAUCGGGCAGAAGCAACGCCUGGCCAUCGCCCGGGCCCUGAUCCGUGACCCAAAGGUCUUGGUGCUGGAUGAGGCCACAAGCGCCCUGGAUGUGGACAGCGAAGCUGCCAUCCAGCAGUCUGUGAUGAACGGGCAGGCCCAGGCGGUGCUGGUGAUUGCUCAUCGGCUGCAAACAGUGGAGAACGCACACAAGAUUGUGGUCUUGGAGGGUGGGGAGAUUGUUGAGGAGGGAACUCAUGUCGAUUUGAUGGGCCGGAGGGGCCCCUAUUACAGACUGGUGCGAAGGAGCCAGACAGGAGGGGGCAGUUAGGCAACUUUGGCUCUGGAUUUAAUGGUCUUAGAGGAUCCCCCCUCCCUUAGAUGGCAAUGUGUGUAUGACUUCACCGACUUCAAAAUGUGGUAAGCCGCAUUUGCAGGCUUUCCUGCUCAUUCUGCUGAGUGGGACCUGGAUCUCAGCCCCAAAGUCUGGCCCUAAUGGGGCCGCUGUAGUGGGGGAAGGGAACAUUGUUUGGCCAAAUAAUUGGCUGGCUUUUUCUGAAUGCAAACUGCAGACUUGGCAAGAAAGGGACAGAACCUGUAUUACGGAGGGAUAGAGUGACAAAGAGAUGGAGUGGACUGUACAGCAUCCAGAAGUCACUAUGUACUGGGUCAUUUGGGGAAAGGGAUAGUGGAUGCCUGUUUCUGAGAUCUGGAGGGGGUGGCGGGGAAGGUUUGAGUGGGAGAAGUCUUUAAAAAGCAGUCAAGAAAAAUAUAUUUCUAAAGUGUAGCUCAGGGGUCGCCAGCCCGUCGACUGUGGGCGCCGUGGCACCCACAAAGGCCUUCAAUGGUGCCCCCAUCAGGAAGCCCAGAAUUUAAGUUUUCAUUUUUUAAAAAUAAAUCUCUAGCCCUCCUAGAAAGGUUAUGGAAAAUGUACAGCUGCCUUUUAAAGCGAUGAGAAAUGAGCCAGCUUGGCUGCUCCUGCCUGGCAGUGUUUUAAGCCAAUGAGUGAAGUCAGAGUUCUGAUUGAUAAGUGAGUUGUUUGGACACCAGGCAAUAGGAAUCUCUGGGGUCUUAAAGAGCUGCUGUUUUGCCCUCCCUUUAGUGCACCUUUCCUGCUUUUUUUCUAGUCCUUGGAACAUCCAUAGUUUUCCUAGCAACGAGGCUGCAUCUGUCCUGUGUUGGGUUCGCCUGAGAUGAGGUAGCGCCUAGAGAUUAUUUUCUACAAAUACUACCACCCAGUAAGCAUGGGUGAAUGCUUAAAGUAUCCCCUCCUUCCAAAAGGCAAAUGUGAAAACUUUACAAAGAGGCUAAAGCCCCUCUAGUACAAAGGCAACCCCUGCUAUAGCCUUUUGAUGAAAAAACAAGAGUCCUGUGGCAUCUUAAAAACUGACCUGUCAGAAACAGACAUAAUUUGGAAAUUGUCCCGGGGGAGAACUUAAGUGGUGCCUUUUAAAGUCUGGCCCCAAACCUCCAUUUCAGAAGACUGCAAGCAGCCCCCUACCCCACCGAGUUCAAUAGCGUUUCCUCCCAGGUAAGCGGACGCAGGAGUUCCACUUCAGUCACUUCCCUUCUCUAUGCAAGGCUGGCACCUUUCCAAAUCCUGUCUCUUCUCUUAAGUGUGACCGAGUUCUCUUUAUUAAUGGCUACAAGUUGGCCUCCUGCUGUUGAUGAUCCAGGCGUGUGGCGAGGUGUCAGGACAACAGCAUUUUGUAAAGUGUGUGCCUGUGGCUAAGCUUUACUGUCUGCAAUAUGUGUCUGCUAUGGGAGGUUGCCCAAGGGUGGUUCCACAGGGCAGAGGCAGCUGGCCCACCCGGUGCAGCAUCCCGUUCCCACAGUGGCCACCAAGAUUCUCAGGGGAAGCCACAAGGCGGACCUGAGGGCAACAGGACUCUCUCAGGGCCUUGUAUUGAGCAUUCUGCUCCCGGUGCUGGAGCCAUUGCGGUUCCUAAUCUUCCCUGAACUCAUCUAAUAUUGAUUUAAAGCCAUCUAUGUUAGUGGCCAUCGCUGCAUCUUGUGAGAGAGAAUUCUGUGUGAAGAAGUAAUAUUUGAGCUAAAUCUACCUAUCACAAGGCAUUUACAGCUCUGCAUUUUCAGACAAUGAAAUUUACCUUCUUAGAGUUGAGUGCCUCUGCACCUGUGGCAGCCCAUGGGUCGGACCUCAUACACUCUACGUUAUGUUGUAGAUUGUAUUUAACACCCAGGCAAAAAUAUUUAGUGAAACUUGUAGUGGUGGUUGGUUCCUAUGCUCAGUGCUAUGGAUAAGAUCACGCAUUUGCUGAGUUUGGACAGGCCUCUGAUGUUUAAUACGGCUAAAUUCACAGUGAAGUCUGCUCAGCUAAAAGGCUAGACAAGUAUAGGUGGCCAGUCUUGGUAUUUAAGGCUUUCUUUCUUGUGUAUGUCGCUUGUUGUAUGUCUUUGUGUUACUUAAUGUUUAUUUGUGCUUUUAUCUGGCUACAACCUGUAUUUGGUUGCCUUAAUAAAUUUGUGAUUUGAACCCUGUGUGAAGAAGCACUUUCUUUUAUCCAUCCCGAAUUUUCCAACAUUCAGUUUCAUUGGAGUACAAUUAAUAUAGUGUUAUAGUCCCCAUAAAAAAAAUCCAGCAAUCUUAAAAAUUUGAAUUGCUGUUCUUGCUGAACAGGAGAAACCAAUAAAUAACCCUUCCCUUCCCCAGGCUUAUUCAGGAAUUCAAUAGCCAUGCUAACGCACAGCAAGCAAAUAAUUAAGGUUGGAAGGCUACAAUUUUCUAUAUUUUUCUAUUUUUUGGCCAUUACGAGCUAUCUACUAGCAUGUAUAUCAGUAUGAAAAUGAGUGAUGUAGAGACAAGCAGUGUUAGUAACACAGUCAGGUUUCAUUCUGGGCCUUUAUUCUUGUUUCCUCUUUCUGGUCCUUCGUGUUCUCUUUCUUUCUGGGAACCUAGCCAAUGCUGGCCGGACCUCCUCCUUAGCAGCAUACAGGCUCAGCCACCAGGUCUGACUGCAAAAGGGACUAAGCAGGUGCGCUGGUGACUGUGGGCUAGUUGACCACGAGUCCUCCAGGCCUGCCUAGGAACCACUCAGCAAAGCUUGCAUAGUAAAACCUCCAGCAAAUGCCAUCAGGAAAAUUACAGCAGCUAAUAGAGCCAGCAUAGGAUCACAGAUAAAGAUUGCUUAGACAAGAAGGGCUAUAUAAGGCAGUUGGGCCACAACAUUUUGACCAAUGCUGGCCAUACCUGGGUUAGGAGAACAGAAGACUCCUGCUGUAGAUCUACACACAACAAGGGUGAGGGAACUCCAUUACUGAUUGUGUUAACUGGAAUGUGAUGUAUUAUGGUCUUUGGUAUACAUCCCCUGUGUUGAUCUGGAACUCCGAUUCCUUGGCUGUGGCCACACAUAGCAUUAUAUGUAUGUUUUAUAAGUUAAUAAACAGAACAUUGUAAGAUC